UUCUAUUCAUUCUUUUCACCCCAUGAUUUUAUUGUAUUACUCAAUAAACCUUUAGAUUAAUGUACAAAGGUAGUUAUAAUAUUUGAAUGUACGUAAAGAAAGAAACCGAUGGAUCUUUGCUAUUAUAGUUAAUCAUUCAUGGAUUACCAAGAAAGAAUGGUCGCCGGCUGGUGCUUACACGAUCUAUCUAAACAAUUACUGAAAUACAGUUCACUGGUGUGCAUGUAUAACGACGACGUAACGUAAGUGGCUACACUUCGACCUCCGAUGUAAAGCGCGCACGGCGCCUUUUUCGAACGAGCAUGCCUCACUAACUUGGAAAGUGAAGAUUAAAGAAAAUAUUCCUCAAUAAAAUGAAAAACUGGCUGCAGGUGACUCUUCUGUUGUGUAUUUUCGGUACGCUGAGAGAGAUACGACCUUCUGAGCCGUUCGUGUCAGAGUUUCUGCUUGGAGAGUGGAGGAACAUAACCAAUGAGCAAUUAAACCAAGAAGUAUACCCUGUGGGGACCUACUCUUACCUUGCCUUACUGCUUGUUGUGUUCCUCAUUACAGACUUCCUUAGAUUCAAGCCAAUUAUAAUACUCUCUGGUUUAAGUGGUAUAGCUCUAUAUGGAGUAUUACUAUGGACAAAAAGUUUGGAAUGGCUGCAAGUUUCACAAUUUAUUUAUGGCCUCUAUAUGGCCACCGAAGUGGCAUAUUUAACUUAUAUUUAUGCCAAGGUGGAUUCGGAUAAAUACCCUAAAGUCUCGUCAUACACACGGAUGGCAAUACUGAUUGGGCGGUUCCUAUCAGGACUGUCUUCACAGCUACUUGUACUGUUCCACGUCAUGGACUAUAGACAACUCAACUAUAUCACAUUUACAGCUCAAAUCCUAUCAAUAUUUUGGGCAAUAUGGCUACCUCCAGUGCAAUAUGGGAUUUAUUUCCAUAGAAGACAUUCAUUAGGAAACUCCUUACAAAUGAACACCAGUCCACAAGAAAAAGAACUUCCCUCAUAUAAUGUUAAGCCAGCAUCCACAUCGCACUUCAAGGAGGCGGCAUACCUGAUCGUGGGGCACGCGCGCGGCGCCUACUCACGGCCGGCGGUUGUGGCGUGGUCGAUUCUGUACGCCUGCGCGAUGGCUCUGUUUGUGCAGACCCAGGUCUACGUGCAGCUGCUGUGGAUACAUGUGCAGGCGGCUAGUGAUGUGCCGAUUGCCUACAACGGGUUCGUAGAAGCGAUACAAACUCUUCUCGGUGCAGGUGGCGCUUUCGUCGCGUCCGUAUACGGAAACAACUUAGUUCCAGCUUUUGCCGCAGCGUUGCAAGGCGUCGCUGUGUUUGUCGGCACAUUUGUACCGAACAUUUAUUUUGCGUAUUCGGGCUACAUUGUCAUGGGCAUCCUUUACCAUUAUACCAUUACCUUGGCUAGCACCAAAAUUGCAUCUCAACUGAGCGACGAAAGCUGCUUUGGACUGAUUUUCGGUAUCAACACAUUCCUGGGGACGGCGCUCCAAUCCUUGCUUACCUUUAUUAUGAUAAACCAUCUAAGCCUGUCCAUAGUGUCUCAGUAUUUUGUUAUAAGUGGCCUCUUCGUAAUACUGGCUACUUUGUGGUUCCUUAUUUGGGCUGUGCAAGCAUGUAAGAAGAAACAAACUGUUCUGUGCUCAUAGUCAGUAUUAAAUAGAAUGCUUCAGUAGUUUUUUACUUAAUUUUUAAGUGUGCCAGUGGUUUUUUGUUGAUUAGUUAAGAACCAAAGACUAUUUUGUAUCAGCUGGAAGUACAAACAUUUGUUAUUCAUAAAUGAGCAUGGUAAAUCUGUGUCCUAUGAACAAGCCACAUGUGGCUUUGGCUUCCACACAAUAUCUGGAAGCA